AUGGCUUGGGGGCGUGGGUUGUUGCUGUUUACAGAGGUGCUGGAAGAGGCCUUGGUGGGCUCUGAUCCUGAGGGGCCACUCUGUGAACUGCUAUUCUUCUUCCUUUCGGCCAUAUUUCAGGCUCUGGCAGAGGAACAGGAGGAAGUGGCCAAAGACCAGGUGGCGGAAGCGGACACCAAAGAUCUUAGUGAAGCUCUGGAGGAUGACGCUGACCCCACACAAUCUGCCAUCAAUGCUGUGGCAACUCUUGCUGCUGCCUGGCCACAACUGCACCAAGGCUGUAGUCUGAAGCAGUUGGAUCUGGACAGCUGUACUCUCUCUGAGAUUCUGAGGCUGCACAUCCUGGCCUCAGGGGCAGAUUGCAUGUCCACCAAUGCAAAGUUUCGCUAUCAGAAACAGGGUGGGUUUGGCUCCACAGAUGACCCCUGUGUGGAGCUGCGUCUGUCAAACCAGUGCCUGCUCAAAAAGCUCUCCUGCACUGCUGUCUAUGACCUGCUGCCUGGAGAGAAGCUAAAGAUCCUCCAUUCUUUGUGUGGAAAACUGCUGACUUUGGUUUCUACAAGAGACUUUAUAGAAGACAAUGCAGAUGAGCAGAGAUCUGCCAAGCAGGAACUGCGAGAGCUUAAAGCUGAACAGCAUCGCAGAGAACGAGAGGAAGCUGCAGAGAGGUACGGCAUAGAGUCAGG